AUGCCGAAUUCAAUUGCAUUUGGGCCAAUCGGUGUGCAAACAACGGUUUAUAAUCUUGUUUGGUUUGUCCGGAUGGUUUGGACUGAGCAGUGUGGACUCUCAUUCAGAUUACAAGUAAUCGAAUGGAGGCAUUUAGAUAAAUAUAGCUUAUCCACAUAUAUCUUCACAUCAUCAUGCAGUAUAAGAUUCUUGACAUAUCCAUUUAAUUUUGUCAAAUCACGCUUACAACUUCAAAAACAAAAUACAGUUUACAAAGGAGUGCGACAUGCAUUAGUGCAUGUUGUUCGAAAUGAAGGUUUACGUGGUGUGUAUAGGGGUUUCUUGAUGACAGUUCCGCAAAAUAUUGCACCAUUGAUAUACUGUAAUGCUUAUGAGAAAACGCGUGAAUCGUUAAAAUUUCAUCUGGGUUUAUCUUCCGACAAAUUAGUUUCUUCCUUAGCUGGUGGUACUGCGUCGCUUUUAACUCAAAUCAUAUUUGUUCCAACAGAUAUUACUUCGCAGUAUAUGAUUAUCUACAACAAUCCCUCAGCCUUUAUUGGUGAGCCUCAUCAUGCUGCCGUUUUGAAUUAUAUACAUCAAAAUAAGGCCAAGUUCUCAUCAAGACCCGCUCUUCAAAUUCUCCGCGCCUUAUAUCAUGUUGAUGGUUACCGUGGCUUUUUCAGAGGUUAUAUAGUCUCAACUGCAUUGGGGAUGUCUGCUGGGUCAAUAUUUUGGACAGUAUAUUAUACAUGUCUGGAAAGCAUUCGAUGGUGUAGGAGGAAAUUUCUUCAUAGUUUACUUGGAUAUGACAAAGACGGGCAUCCCUAUCUUUUAUUAGAUCAGGGAGCAGCUGCAGCGAUCUCUUCUAUGGUCUCAACAACUCUAACAAAUCCGCUAGAAAUACUGCGAUUACGUGCACAGGCUCGUGGAUUUUCAAAUGUUCAGCGUGCAUCUUACCCAAAUACUAUUAAAACGAUGUGGUUCGAUGAGAGAUAUAAGAUAAUAACAAAAGGUCUUUUACCGAGAAUGAUUAAUAGCUGUAUAUAUGCGACGGCAACGAUGAUGGUUUACGAAACUUUGAAGAAAGUUUGCGUACUACCAGAAUAUCAGGGGCAAGUGAUUUGGUGA